CACCUCUCAGGAGAAUUUGAGUAUGGAUCAGUGUGUACAUUUGACUGUGGAUUUGGUCUGUCACUAAAUGGGACUAGCACUGUUGAAUGUGACAGUAGUGGAAGAUGGAGUACAGGACCUCCAACAUGCGAAGUAAAAGGGCCGAAAAUCUCCCCAACAUACAUCACAGUUGGAGCUGUAUCAGCAAGCACUUCUCUCAUGUCAGUUGCCGGCCUCCUUUUAUGGCUUGCAAAACGUGUCCGUAAAACAGCAAAGACAUUUACACCCUCGAGCAGUUAUCAACAUCUUGAAGCAACGGGUGUUUAUCAAAAUACUAAUGACAGCAGUGGCAUUGUAUAG